AUGCAUCCUCACCAAGUUUCAUUAACCUUUAAACAAGACAAAAAUGAUAUUCCCAUUGAAAAUAACACAAAUCCAAAUCAAACAGAAGAAGAAACUGAAUUUCUUCCAAAAGGAACACCACUCCCAGUUAUUCCACAAAACACACCUUUAUUCAAAAACACUAUACCUUUCUAUAAAGAAAUGGAAAAGCAUGUUUUAGAAGAGUACGGGCCACAAUUUUCUUUAGAUGAGAGUUACCCUCUUGAAGUGAAAACAACGACAUAUGGAAAGGUGAACAAAAGAUAUAAACAACCGGUUCAUAAACAUAACACAAGCUAUCCACAACACUUGAUGUUAGCAAUGAUCCACGCCACACCAAAUCAAGUGCAGAAUAUUAUUGAUAUGCGAAAGACGUGGUGUCAAAAGAAAUACGCCAGUGUAUUUGGCUUUAAGUGUAUCUUCAUUUUAGUGCGACAAACUGUUCAGAAGUCUCAUAAAGUGGACUAUUUCAAAACAAUGAAUCAAACAACAAAAGACAUUUAUUUCAUCGACAUGCCAUUCUUAGAGGAAAAGUGGACAACUUUACAGCAAAAGGAUAUUUCCUCAUUUAUUUAUUUAUACCCAAUUUUUGAUAAUUAUAAAUACUAUGUGAGGUUUGAUAAUCACGUCGUGGUUAAUAUAGAAAUGCUGUGUGACGUCUUGAAUGAACUUCCAAGUGAAGCUACUGUCGUCGGAAGGUUAAUGGAACAUCGCCCUAUAGCAGACACUAAACAACGCUAUUUCGACAAGAUGGCGCAAGUACUGAAAAAGUAUUACAUGUUCGUCCCGGGACACGUUGCGGCUUUCACUAAUGACUUGGCUAAGUUCUUCGGAAAAUGGAGUUUGUAUUACCAACUCACACCAACAUCACUUGAAGAUACAACUUUUGGUUUUUUGAUCUAUAGAUUUGCAAUGGAAAAACAUAUGAUGAUCAAUUUCGUACAACCAGAAAAGUGGGGAAAUGGACACUCAGGACAAUAUGGAAAUUUUAUCAUUUUUCAUAGAGCACAUAAUCAGAUUAAUAUAACAGAGUAUUUCAAUAGAUGUGUCCAAGACGGGCAUUUUGUUAAUUGA